AUGCCCCUCCGCAAGAAAACCAACAAGCAAUCUGCUAUGCCCAUCGCAAGCCUCACCAGUUCUACGUUGCGAGACCGAAAUGAGAAAGAGGAAAGACCGCCAACGAAAGGACUCACGAAGCCCGGCCUACGCAACCCAGGUCUACAAAACCCGUAG